AUGGACGCGAAUCAGAUCCGUGGAAAAGGCGCCAUAGUCACUGGUGCCGGCUCAGGCAUCAACCUCUCGUUUGCCCAGGCGCUCCAUCGUGCAGGAUGCAGUGUCUUGAUCAUGGACAUUGCCCUGCACAAAGACGCCGUGGCCUGGAUGGACACCAUCUCCAACCCUCAGCCGUCGGAGCCAAAGGUCAUCUUCUACAAGUCCGACGUGUCCAAAUGGUCCGAACUCGAGAAAGUCUUUGACGUCUUCGCCGACACGAUCGGUGGCGUGCCAUACAUUGUCUGCCCCGGUGCCGGGGUCUAUGAGCCUUCACACAAUAGCUUCUGGAAAGACAACGACACCGACAAUCACUACAAGGUUCUCGACAUCAACCUUCUCGCGCCGAUCAAGAUGUCGCGCAUCGCCAUCCGGCGCAUGCUGGCCGCCGACGCCCCCGGCAUCAUCUGCUGCGUGUCCAGCAUCGGCGCGCAAAAGGCCAGCAUCGUGACGCCGCUGUACCAGGCGUCCAAGCACGGCAUCAGCAGCUUCGUGCGGUGCAUGGCCGACCUGCACAAGCUGGCGGGGAUCCGGGUGGUCGGCGUCGCCCCGGGCAUCAUCCGCACGCCCCUGUACUCCGACCACCCGGAGGCCGGCAAGUUUGUCGACCCGGAAAAGGAUUUUAUGCUCUCGCCCGACGAGGUCGCGCGCGGCAUGAUGGCCGUCUGCCUCGACCCUAAGUACCCGCCCGGCACGAUCCUCGAGGUCGCCGACGUCGACAACUGGAGGGAGGUGAAGCUGCUGAACGACCCUGGGCCGCAAGGGCGCGCCAUCCUCGCGAGUAAGAAGCAAGACGCCGUGGCCGACGUGAUUGCCUUCAUCGAGAAGGACAAGCAAGCCAAACCCAACGGCACCGCGGCGGCGGCUCCUUGA